AUGUCGAAAGUUGACACCAUUACUCGGUCCAAACGGGAAGAACAGCUGGAUUAUGACAAGUUGCCGUUAUGGCGAGACUGCGAAGCUGCGUUAAAUAAGCGCUAUCAGCAUUUAUCCGCCGAUGAAGCCUCAAAUUCGAGACAGAAGUCAUCCACCAGCGCUGGUACGCAAAAACUCAACCAGCAUACGGAAAAGACGAAGUCUGCCUUAAUGACUUCGAAUUCAAAACAGCCGGUGUAUCCACACUGUAAGUCCAAGGAUCAUAACAUAUCUGCGUGUCCUACUUCCAAAACUCUCUCUGCAAAGCAGCGAUUUGAGUUUGCGAAAUCAGUCCCCUUAUGCAUAAACUGUUUACGAAAGGGGCACACGGUUUCAAAGUGCAGAGCAGAUCGGUGUCGGAUUUGUAAUCGUUCGCAUCACACCUUGCUGCACCAGCAUCCAAUAUCUUUCGAAACUGCACUUCAACCUUCGACCUCACAUGUCAUGCACACAACGAGUGCGCCAGAUCGUGUUAUGUUGGCCACAGUUUCAGUUAACGUAAAAAGUAGCUCCGGAGAAUCCCUGCCUGCACGAGCCUUGUUGGAUUCUGGAUCUCAGGUGAACUUCAUGACCGAAGAUUUGGCGGAGAAAUUGCGGAUUCGUCGUCAAGGAGUAACUCUAAACGUCAUCGGCAUCGGCAAUGCGAAUCAGAAAGUAAGGACGAAAUUAAAUGCAUUUGUGAAAUCGCGGGUUAAUAAUUAUGAGUUCUCGGCAGAAUUCUGGAUUAUGCGGUCCAUUUCAGCUAACCAUCCAGACCGAAACGUUAAUAUUACUGGCUGGAAAAUACCAAAAAGUAUUAAUUUGGCGGAUCCAGAAUUCCAUAAAUCGCAAAAAAUUGAUUUGUUGUUUGGUGCCGAAACAUUCUUCGAGCUUCUAGCUAUAGGCCAGAUUAGAACUGGCCCAAACCACCCAACUCUACAGAAAACUCUUCUGGGCUGGGUUGUGUCUGGCAAAUACACCACCAACCAUUAG